GGAUACUGGUACUUUUGAAAAGGAAAAUGGAGAAUUUUUGAGAACCCACGCAAUCAGCAUCCCCGACCGCCGCCACAACUACAAACAAUAGAAGCCCACCAUGAAGAUUGCCUUCUUGCAUACCCUGUCGAGCAACCAAGCUCUGUUCACUCCCUACACGGAAGAUCUACAACGAAAAAGACCCGGUGUGACGACCACUCACCAUGUGGACGAAGAUUUGUUGAAGAAUGCCCGAAAGAUCGCUUCCGAGGAGGAUAGAGCCAGAGUCACGACUCAGGUCCACCAAGCCUUGUCCUCUAUGAUAGGCAGUGGCGCCAAUGUGGAUUUUGUAGUCUGUACUUGUUCUACCAUUGGAGACAUGGCCGAACGAUACACAUCCAGUGCUCCCGUCUUGAGAGUGGAUCAACCCAUGGGACUCCGAUUGGGAAAUCCGUCCUUGGGCGAUGAUGCCGAACAAACCACGUCUUCUCACAUCCCCGUCUUGCGAGUGGAUCGACCCAUGGCAGACUGUGCCGUGGGGUAUUCCGUCAUUCACGUUCUCGCCGCGCUGGAAUCGACUCUCGAACCCACCAAAGAGUUACUCGACAAAUGUGCCAGUACUGCACAUACCCAUCCCAGAAUUCACAUGACGGUCGUUCCCGAGGCAUGGUCGCACUUUCAGCAGGGGGAUCAGAAAGCAUACAUCCAAACGAUUGCCGAUUAUAUACAAGAAAAAUACUCCAACACAGAGUCGUCCCAAGAUUCAGUCAUUGUUCUGGCACAGGCAUCCAUGUCUCCCGCUGCAGAAUUAUUAUUGAUACCAGAGCAACAAUCAUCAUUGGGUGACAAGGACAAGGACACGGGGAUGGCAGAGUUGCCAAGAAUUCUCACCAGUCCCUCCAUUUGCGUGGAUUACCUAGCGGGCUUGAGAGAUUGAAUCUGAGAUCGGCAUGAAUCUGACCCACAACCCAUAGUAACGUACAUGGUCACGAAAACCAAUUAUGCAUGCCAGAGCUUGCCCUACAAUGGGUGUUACUAUGAUUAUGAACUACUAGCUAGUACCGGUACGACUACAAAUACUAUAAAGAAUGAAGCCAUGAUUUUGUUUGU